AUGCACGCUCUGGUGAACGCCUUCAUGCGUUGCCUCGCCUUCCUGCUGCCCCCCUCCUGGCUUUGUGUCAGCCUCUGCUUGUGGGCCAGUGAGUGCCGCGACACGCCGCCACGGCCCAAUCCCAGAGCUCGCUUCGGAGCCACAAAGCCUCUUACAUAUGAGGAAGUAGCUGCAGUACACGGCGGUGGCGGUGCUGCUGCUGCCUCCUCCCCUUCCAGCCCGUCGUCGGCCUCUCCCGCUCCAGGCUGCGUCUGGCCGGCUCCGCAGGCCGCUCCGUCGGACGCUCGGAUCUGGAUCGGGGUCGCGUGGCAAGCCGUGGAGCGCGUCUUGGGAGCUCCGUGGGUUCUCCUGCGCGAGAGUAGCCGUCGAGCGGCGUCGCGUCCUGCCCGCCUCCUCGACUCCAGCUCGGCUUCCGGAGGCGCCUUCGCCUACUCCGGGGAGAACAUGAGCGCGACCGCGGGGAUCCCCAGCCCGCGCUCCCCCGACUCGUCCGAGGAGGUCAUCACCGUAGACCACCGGCUCUCGCAGGAGAUGGGCACGGUGACCAUCACCGUAGCCAUUCAGGCGGCCGAAGACGAGGAGCCGGAGGAAUUCUCGCCAGGGCACGUCGACUUCAUCGGCGGCAGCUGCAGCGAGGAUGAAUUCGGCAGGCACGACAAGUCCAGUGGUGCUGGGACCAGCGGUGGGGAGCUCGAGGAAGAGAGCUGGCAGCCCCCCGACCAGGAGCUCAUCCAAAAGCUAGUGACCCAGAUCGAGUACUACCUGUCGGACGAAAACCUGGAGCAUGAUGCCUUCCUGCUCAAGCACGUGCGGCGCAACAAGCUGGGCUUUGUCAGCGUCAAGCUGCUGACUUCCUUCAAAAAGGUGAAACACUUGACCCGUGACUGGAGAACGACCGCUUUUGCCCUGAGAAAAUCCAAGCUACUGGAGCUCAAUGACGAGGGCCGCAAGGUGCGGCGCAAGUCUGCUGUGCCGGUCUUCGCCAGCGAGUCGCUGCCUAGCCGCAUGCUGCUGCUGAGCGAGCUGCAGCGCUGGCCCGAGCUGGCCCGGCUCACGAAGAACGGAGGCGGCGAGAGCGGCGCCCCUCAGCAGGAGCAGCUGAUGAAGCUGCUGCUCAAAGCCUUUGGGACAUACGGCGCCAUCGCGUCGGUGCGCGUCCUCAAGCCCGGCAAGGACCUGCCGGCCGACCUAAAGAGGCUGAGUGGCCGUUAUGCCCAGCUGGGCACCGAGGAGUGCGCCAUCGUGGAGUUCGAAGAGGUGGAGGCGGCCGUCAAAGCCAACGAGGCCGUAGGCGGCGAGGAAGGCGGGAGUGGCUCGCCGGGCUUGAAGGUGGUCCUGAUCGGCACCAAACCCCCGAAAAAGAAAGUCCAGAAGGAGCGGCCCAGCGAGGAGGGCCCCGUUACGGGGAUGCGCAAAAGCCGCUCACUCAACAGCCGAGUCAGAGAGCUCCAGUACCACGCCGACGACUCGGCCUGCAGUUCCUCGGACACGGAAAGCACGCCCACGUCGCCCCGGCCAGCCCGCAAGUCGCAGUCUUGCAACAAGCUAAGCCCAACGGCCGCAGGUGUGGCCUUCCAGAACAAUCAUCUGUCGCCCCGCAACAGUCCGUGGUCCAGCCCCCGCGCCAGUCCCUGCGCCCAACGCAAAUCCCCCCACUCCCACAAAUCGCCCUUAGCCAGCCAGGGCCGGCUAAGCCCCGAGCCCGGGCGCCGCUGGGCCGACUACUCGUCCGACAGCAGCCUGACACCGUCUGGCAGCCCGUGGGUGCAGAGGCGCAAGCAGGUGGCCUCGCAGGAGAGCAGCCCAGUGGGGAGCCCCAUGUUGGGCCGCAAGAUCCAGAAUGCGGACGGCCUUCCCCUGGGCGUCACCAGGCUCCCACGGGGCCCCGACGGAACCCGUGGGUUCCACUGCGGGCUGCUGGCCGAGAGGGGGGGCAAGAGUGCCUCUACCCAGACUUGAUGCGUCAAAAGCAUCAUGCUCAUACCAAACCUGAGCUGCCCCCUUGUCUCUUAUUUGACAUUGAUCUAUUUUUGUUAAGUGUCUUGUUCUAUUUUUAUACAAAAUUUUGUGUUAAUAUGGCGACAUUAAUACUUGGCUAAUGGAAAUUUGAGUGCAUUUAACUAAUUUGUUGUUUCUUUCAGAGAACUUCCUGUACAUCCAUCUAAAAAUGUCAAAGGAGCUUUUUUUUUUCUUUUUUUUUUUUCUCUCCCUCCCUCCCCUCCCCUUUUUAAAUCGAAGUGUUCUGUCUUAAUGUGUGCAAACCUCACACAAUGGAUGGUGUAUUGUGUUCAUGGAGCUCACCAUAUGCCUCCCCCCGUGUUGGUUUAUACACUCCAUUUUACAUGCUAUUUAAACCAAGGCCAUACAUGCUAUCAUAGAGGCUGGACAGUUCAUUUCUCUUCUAAUUUACACCUUUUUAAUUUAAUUUAAGGUAUUCGUUUGGCACUGGAAGGGUCUCCUUAAGCCAUAUAUUGUUCAGCAUGCAGCUGCUUUUAUUUAUUUUUUUUUUAUGAAAAAAAAACUUUUUCUCCUUGGCAUAUGAGUGAGGGCAGGGGAUGCUCAUGUUGGGCAAGAAGAGAUGCUCUUAUGUUCUUUCCUCUACACCUUAACUGGGGGUACGUGUACAGUGCAAAUCCAACUGUGCAAAUAAAGUGCUAAAACUGCACUUUUGUUUGUGGCACUUAUUCUUCCUGACAUGAUGACUCCGCAAUGGAAAUAGAUAUGGAAUGCCAAGUUGUCACGUUUGAAUGGAAUGAAAAAUCUGUCCUCCAUGAAGUGUGGCAUUAAAGGUAAGUUAGGCAUGCUUUGAUGUUGCCGUUAUAGGAAUAAGGUUCUUUGUUGAAGACUGUGUAUGAUAUGCUGCUUGCUUCCAUGCAAACUCUGCUUUAAAUCACAUGGCUUUCUUGACGUGUGAAUACUUUGUCACCAAUAAGAUACUGCAGUCAAAACGGUGAAUUUAAGUGUUACAUCAUACUUUGAUGCUCCUACCAUAGAAAUACACCGCUGUAGUAUGCUGCCAAAGCUGACUGACCUCAAGACAAUUGUUACAUAAUGAUAAUGAAGUUACAAAAUGAAGUGUGGCAACUUUAAUGUCACAAACAUAAAAAUAUGAUUAUUUUGUCAAGGAUAUGCUGCUAUGCAUUGAAUAUUGGAAAUCCACACAUCCCCCUUCAAUUAGCGUUUGUGUGACAAAACGACAACAAAGAGUCCAAAGACGAAGGACAGCGCUGGCGGCUUUUUAUAGACUGUAAUUUCCACAAUUUUAGGUGGGCUGUGAUUGAAUCAUAGCUACUGCGAGACGACGCACACUGUGGGAUCCCGUUUGACGACAACGGAACAUGGAGGAGUGGGAAGAUUUGGUUUAAUGCGGGUCCGCCUAAAUCGGUCACAACAAAUGCUCUAGCAUCGAGAGUGAUGGUACAACAGUAAGUGUGUGGCUUAUGUAAAACGGGAAUGAAUUCACUUUUGUUCUCUUUUGUGUCUAAAAAAAAAAAUAAUAAUUCUUUUGUUAGUGAUCAUUACCACAUGAUUACACUAUUAUUCUCAUUAGGGGCUACUGUAUAUGAUUGUCAGGCUAAGAUUAAAUUGGAUUAUCAUCAUUCUGAGUGAUAAUUGUGGAAGAUUAUGUCUCCCUCUCCAGCCACCAAUGGACUAUUAUGUGUAAUUAUCAAUUUUUAUAGGAACAAAAUUCAACUCAGUAAACCACUCCAAUGUAAUAUGUUUUUAUCAGAUAUAAUUAAGUUGAAUGAAGUCUGGCUUGUUUUCCACAAAACCUAUUAUGGUUGUACUUUGCAGUGGUGUUAAGUAGGGAUGUGUUUUCAACUGCAUUUCCUUAAAUUAAAAAAUGUAGAAAGUUGAUUAAUAAAAAAAUGAAUAAUUGAUUAAUCAACAUUUUUUAAUAAAUUACUGUAUAUGUGAAAUUGUGGUAGAAGCUCACACAUUUUAUACAUUUCAACAUCAAGCUCUUAACUUCUCAUCAGUGAUGAUAAUUGACUUCCAGAAUUUAUUGGAUCAACCACAACUCCGAAGAAUGGAGAAAGUCAGACAAACCGUUUGCCAAUCUAAGAAGAGUAAAUGAUUAACACACGUUUGGAGUCUUUUGGAAACACAGAACUUGGUAUUUUAACAUGAUGUCAGAUGUGGAUACACAGCUACAGUACUCAGAGCAAUGGGGAAGGUCUCAGGUAUUAUAUGAAGAUCUCGAAGAUAAAUUGAUUGAGCACUACACAGAACAAUGAGGAAAAAGUCUGAAGAAAAUGUUUUAUUUUAUACAUUUUAUUUGAGAACCCUUAAUCUAUUGGUGAAUUUACUGAUAAGAUUUAGGACCUUGUGUAUUAUUACUACAUUUGUAUAUAUUUUUUUAUUCUAUGGAUUAUUAUACUGGAGAAUACAUUUCACUUAUUGAAGAAUUUACUAUUUGGAGUUUGACGUUUUUCAAACUAUUGAUGUCCCACUUUCCCAAAAAGAAAAUAUUUUAAGAUGUUUAUUUUGAGUUUAUCGCAUUUUGUUUGACGAAUCAUUGAUUUAUUGGAAAAUUUAUUGCUAGCAGUUUUUGAAGCUAUUGCUGUUUCACCUUCCUAAAAGAUUUAAACUGUUGAAUAUGAAUCAAUAUUGAUAUUUUAUUGUAUACAUUAGUUUGAGAAUCGUUCUCAAUUUAUCGGUGAAUUUACUGCAAGAAAUGUGCAGUUUUUCAUUUAUUGAUGCAUGUUCCUAAAAUGAUGUACAGUAAGUUGAUUUUGAGGGAUAGUUUGGAAUCCCAAUUUAUUGGAGUUUACUGCCAGCCGUUUUGCAAACUAUUGAUGUACUUUUCUAAAAAGAAAAUAUGAGUUGCUCUAUAUUCAAUUUGUAUUUUAUUUUAUAUAGUUUAAUUGACAAUCAUUAAUUGAUAGCAGUUUUUUUAAAUUGUAAAUGUUAUUGUGUUCCUGUUUACAUAAAAAUAAAAUUUGUGCUUUUAUGUUUUAACAUUUUGUUCCCUUACCUUUACCCAAUGUCACCCAAAAUCAAAAUGCGUACCCCGACUAGUUUUAGAUCUAUUCAGUUAUAUCACACAGCUCCAAAUUCAGCAUCAUGCACACAAAUAACCACAGGGAUAAUAUUUUGCCCAUGAGAAACGAAGGUGAGCAUUUCUAAGUCCCUAAUUCACCUCGGCGCAACAAUUGCAUCAGUUGAGAGAGAGAGUUUUUAAUCUUUUGCCCUGAGCCAGCACAGCAAUGAGCCGGACGUACAAGAAUUAGGGUGGAGUAAACUUAC